AUGUCAAACGAGUCUCGCGGGGGUCCUGGAUUGCAGGACCUCGAGAAAGAACUGACUUGCUCGAUCUGUACAGAACUGCUCUACCAGCCCCUCACCCUCCUAAACUGCCUACACACGUUCUGCGGUUCGUGCUUGAAAGAAUGGUUUGCUGCGCAGGCAUCCCGUCGUCGGCCGUCUUCAUCCACCCCGCAAUUCACCUGCCCUGCCUGUCGGGCCGUAGUGCGCGAUACACGACCCAAUGCCACUGUCACGACGCUGUUGGACAUGGUCCUGGCAGCCAACCCUGAGCGCGUCAAGUCAGCCGAGGAGAAGGAGGAGAUUGCUCAGAAAUACAAGCAUGGCGAGUCGGUGUUUCCUGUGCUUUCGUCUCCGGAACAUGGUAUGGUGUCGGACAACGAAGAUCGACGGUUGCUGGAGGAGGUUCGUGAAUUGAGUUUGCGAGAGAGCAGGAUGGGGACAGGACAAUCUUCAAGAAGCAGGCAAGCCGAGGGCGUUGACGCUGAUGGACGGAGAGCGGACGGUCGCUCAAGACGACGGCGUGAGGAGGAGCGUGUACUGCGCCGACAGCCUGGGGCCCCUACGGAAGAUAACUCGGAGAGAACGAGGCGGAUCGAGCAUCAGUCCAGUCUGCGAUCACUGCUUAGCUUGUCUGAUACCGAAACGAUGGAAGAGGAGAUCCUGCGACAGAUCAUCGAAGACGGACUGCUGAAUGGUAUUGACCUGGACAAUCUUGGGCCGGCGCAGGAAGAGGAGUUGACUGAGCGCAUCGCCGAUGCUUAUCGCCGAAGACACAUGCGACGGCCGCGCUCACGGCAGAGACAACAGGCGGAUGAGGCAUCACAAGCGUCGCCGCGACCGCGUGCGAGAUCACAAUCUGUGCAGAGACCACCGACGUCGUCCGCUCCACAACCAUCCUCGAGGAAUCCACCCGUGUCAAGGCCGUAUCUGCUGGAGCCACUUGUCUCGCGCUCGGAGGGUUCUAAUCAUCAGCGGCGUCUUUCGGAUCAGGGGACGAGGAGGAGGAGGACGUCACCGGCUCCUGUCAAUGCGGCGUCCACAUCGGAAGACACGUUGCGACCUGCUGCGAGGUCGUCCAGCGAUAUAGCUUCGGAUCGUCCUCGUCCUUCUCAGUCCUCCCGAGCUCGCGCGGCCGAAUUGUCAACUGCUCCGAGGCCCCGACGGGCAACAGCGUCGGAGCAGAAUGUCCCGAAUAUAUUCACCCCAGAAGCUAGGAACCGCGAUCAUCGGCAACAUGUCUCGGGCAGACCACUCAAUAUCUCGCCUGCGUCGGUAGCUUCACCGAGCACACCGAAUAAUUCUUUUUCUGCGCGCUUAGAACAGACCACAGCCGGAUCACCGGUCUGUAGUUCUCUAGCACCGGCCGUAAGCAGUCCUGCCAACCAACGCUCUCGACCUUCCUCUUCUCGAUCCCACGCCACUCAACGUCCUUCAGCAACUUUCACCGAACCUUCCAUCUCUUGCGACCGGUGUGGCAAGCAGAAUGUCCAAUAUGAGCUUCACAAAAGAUGUCUACAAUGCAAAGAUGGAAACUUCCAUUUAUGCUUGCGGUGCUAUCGUCUCGGCCGCGGCUGUUUGCAAUGGGCGGGUUUCGGUCCGUCUGCAGAAGUGAAUUUUGACAGAAUGCUUGCCUCCUCGACCGGUCGGCCUAUGCCAUCGCGCGAGAUAGCGCAUGUCUUGCAAUUUUCCAGAUAUCCACGGCCCGCUGAGAACGUCCAUCGCACAAGUGGCGGAACAGAGAUGACUAGCGACGAUCCAGCCCAGAGGUUACAAACAGGACUAUUCUGCGACAUCUGCCACGCUGUGGCAAACAAAUGCUACUGGAAAUGCAACGAAUGCAACCAGGGGGACUGGGGCUUCUGCAAUAAAUGCGUUAACCAAGGACGAUGCUGCACGCACGCGCUUCUACCUGUCUGUCGACUUGCGCUUGGGGAUCGCUCGAGCGUACCAGUACCGGCUGGUAGUGACUCGACUGAUGGACCUAACCAUCCAUCCGCUCCUUCUACUACCGCCGAUACUGGGAACGAGAUAUACAGGAUCCUCUCUUUCUCAACCAAGUGUGACAUCUGUACAUACCCCAUCCCAGCGUCAGCCACGAGGUUCCACUGUCUCGAAUGCAAUGAGGGCGACUACGACGUCUGCGCAAACUGCUACCUCAAACUCGUCGCCACAGGCAAAAUCAGCAAGGAAAACGGUCACAAUGGUUGGCGCCGUUGUGUCAGAGGCCACCGCAUGGUUGUUGUCGGCUUCGAAGACCGCAACGAAGGCCAAAGAAGGGUCGUCGUGCGCGACCUCGUCGGCGGCCGCGCCCUUAAAGACGAACACGCAGCCGCCGUCCCAUCCCCUGAAGUCGGAACCGGCGACUGGAGCUGGAAGGAAGGGUCUGAGCGGCGAAAGAAAGCCUCUCGCGUGCGAACCCCCUGGACAACCACCAACAAUGACCGCAGCAACUCAUUCCCAAUCAGUGCCGCUGGUGGCAGCGGAUCAGGCUCGGGCUCGGGCCCCAACUCCGAAACAGCCACGCCUACCAAUUCCCAUUCACCAGCGUUCCUGCGCCGCUUCCCGCCCGACGGUGGAAUCGGCCUCAUCGUCCAUGCCCUCUGGUCGUGGUAUCCCGAGGACGAUGUCCAGGAUGAACUGAUGUUUCCGCGCGGGGCGGAGAUCACGGAGGUUGAGAACAUCAACGACGAUUGGUUUUGGGGCUGCUAUGCUGGUCAGACGGGACUGUUUCCCGGAUCGCAUGUUAUUGUCGUUGGGGAGAUUGUCUAG